GCUGAUCAAUCGCUUACGGAUGUGGUUACAACACGUAUGAGUGCAUUGCUUAAAACGAACAUGGAGACACCAGAAAUAGAAGCCGGUUUCCUAACAGGUUCUCAAGACGGCUUAGACGGAGAUUCGUUGUCAGGUGACACUGCAGCAGUCAAACGAGCAUUAGUCGAAUCCUUCCAAGUCAAACGUGCUUCACUUAGGGCCAAGUCUGAUGGAGCAUUUCUUUCUCUGUGGGAUAUGGGUGGACACACGUCAUUUCAGGCUUCACACAACGUCUUUCUUUCUUCACACGGUGUAUACCUACUUGUCUUCAGACUGACAGAUUUUCUCAAAGACAAGUUGGAAACUGAUAGACUGAAGAAGUGGAUCCGGUUGAUUGGCACGUUUUCGUCAGGUGAACUUAACGCGCCAAGAAUAAAGCAACAUGAUCCUCCACUCAUUUUCGUCGGCACCUUCCUGGACGAACUUAAGAGAACAACCUUGGACUACGACAAACGUGUACAGGCAAUGCAGUCAAACAUUGCAAAAUUCCCCGAACUUUCAGCUCACAAAUUCGUCAGGUUCUGCACAGCCGAUAACAGCCUUGGAAAUGAUGACACGGAACUGGAAGUGUUGCGAGGUUUUAUCAUUGAAGCAGCCGUACACCAAGAUCAAUGGGACAGAGAGAUCCCGGCCAGAUGGGUGAAACUUGAGAUGGACUUACUUGAAGCCAGAAAAAAAGGAACCAGGAUACUCAAGUUUGCGGAAGUGAUUGAAAUGAACAAACGUUCUGUAGCCCCUUUACCGGACGAGGAUGAGAUGAAACUGGCACUGGAGUAAGUAUGUCUAUUCAAG